UAAAAAAAAAAACGAAAGAUGAUUUGAACCCUCCAAAUAUUCUUUAUUGAAAUUUUGACCUUUGCUUUCUACUAUCCCACCUGAGAAACUCGUAUAAUGGGCAAACCAUUCCUUUUCCGGCAACUUCUGCGUUCUCCGGCAGCCGACACCGUCGCUGCACAAAUUGAAACUUUCUUCAAACAACAAUGUUAUCGCUUCACCUCCGCCGCCGUUAAAGUGGAAGCCCAUGAAUCACCGGAGAAGAACGUCGGUGGAAGUGAGAGAAACAAAGGCAAGUGGGUCACUUUAACGCCGUUUAUUCCUACAGUUAACGCCCCUUCAUUAGGUAGAAGAAUAACCCGGAAUAUUGAAGAAGGAAAUGAGAUUAUCGAAACGACGACGUGUGCUUUGAAAUGGGUUCUUCGUUGUUGUCCCCACCUUCCUCAGUCACUUGUUCAGAAACUCUUUCGUCUUAGACAGGUUAGAAGAGAAUGCAUGGAAGAAGAUGUGGACUGCAGUGCUGAUGCCAAAGAACGCCGACUGAGAAGGGUGGGAGCUAAGGACUUGAUGAAGAAAGGAGAGCGUAUCUUUCUUCCUAUAACUGUUCAGGGAUCACCUGUGAAGAAGCGGGAGUAUAAAUGCAGUGACGAAGAAUUGGACUUCAUCCGUGGCCUUGAGUUGUAUAAGGAUUCUGCCAUUAUUGCCAUUAAUAAACCUCCGAAACUGCCAGUACAGGGUGGCAUUGGGAUCAAAAAAAGUUUAGAUGAGCUGGCUGCAACAUGCCUUAAAUAUGACUUCAAGGAUCCUCCAAGGCUGGUCCACAGACUCGAUAGCGAUAGUAGUGGAGUCUUGGUGAUGGGAAGAACACAAACAAGCGCAACAAUUCUUCACUCAAUUUUUCGCGAGAAAACUAUUGGUAUAUCAGAAGAUCGAGAGAUUGACUGGGGAAAGAAAAUCCUACAGAAGAGAUACUUGGCCCUUGUCUUUGGGGUUCCUAAACAGUCCAAAGGAUUGAUCUCAGUACCACUGGCAAAGGUGGUGCUAAAUGAUGGAAAGUCAGAGAGAAUUACGAUUUCAGAUAGUGCUUCCUCAUCUCAGCAUGCUGUGACAGAGUAUAGAGUCAUUGCGACUUCUGUUUACGGGUAUACAUGGUUAGAGCUAUGCCCAGUCACUGGCAGGAAACACCAGCUUCGAGUGCAUUGUGCUGAGGUGCUACGUACACCGAUUGUAGGAGAUUAUAAAUACGGUUGGCAAGCUCAUCGGCGAUGGGAACCUUUACAACCAAGUCCUAAUGAGCAGUCUGGUGAAACAAAGCUGCAUCCCCUUGGCAUUGGUCCAGAGUGUGGAAGCAUCUCUGAGAAGCAACCCCACCUGCACCUGCACUGUAAACAGAUGGUUUUGCCGAAUAUCUCUACCAUUCUUGAGCAAAUCUCUCUUGAUUCGGAGUACGACUUCUCUAAGUUGGAGAGCCUAAACUUGGUAGCCCCCUUGCCGUCUCACAUGCAGAGGAGUUGGAACCUUUUGAAUUCUCUAGCUCAGCGAAGUUCUUGAUUAUCCUUCUUCAGUGUAUGAUACUCCCUCUAUCUCAAUAUACUUGCUCACUUUUCAUUUAUAGGUGUCAAAUUACUUGAUCUGUUUUCCAUUUGGGAUGUCUCAUAUUACUUGCUCCACCCUUAAGUUUUCCCCUUUUGGUUUCUCCCUAAAUUUGGGUCUCUCACUCACCCACCGGUGCUUUUCUAUCUAUUUUUUCACUCAUUGAAAAUUGGGCCAACCUGCUAUGAAGCAAGUAUUUGGAGACAGAGGGAGUAUUAUAGUCUUUAUUAAUGGUAAGCAAAAGGCAUGUUUUCGGUCUAUACCUUUUUAUUCAGUUUAGGUCAUGAUUUGUAAUGUAGCUUUGGGGUCUGUUUGACAAAAUUAGUUGUUGCGGUAGAUGUUAGUUGUAGCAAUUGUCAGCGGUUGUACUAGCUAUUCGCUGUUAAGGUUUGAUUGUAAAAACUGCUUUUUAAAUUUAGUUAUUAGUUUAGAAAAAUGACAAAAGGAACAAUAAGAUGAUCUUUUAAGAUAUGAAAUCAACUUAUGGGUAACUUCAAAGGGUUUAAUAUUUUAUA